AUGGACGCAACAAGCCUCAUCAAAAAUAAUAUCAACUGCAAGCUUUUGACGCACGCUAGAAUCGGCAGAUCGGAAGAGAUCAAAGAAUGCCUUGCUAAAGGUCUGAGAUCUCUAGAAUUUUUUAUGGACUUUCAAGGGGCGGAUGUUGAGUACAAAGACCCAUACACCGGAAGAACUGCUCUUUUGAACACUGCAUUUGGCUCGCUCACCGAAAAUCUCGCUGCGAAUAUUAAAACUCUUCUCGAAGCAAAAGCAAAUAACCCAUAUGAAAGCAGCCGAAGAGAUCUUGAUCCUCUUCCUGGAAUCAUGCUUCUUGUUGAAUCCGGUGCAGAAAUCAACAAACAAGACAAUGUUGGCUGGACUGCGAUGCAUUAUGCAAUGUCCUUUACAGACGAAAGAAGACUUCGAAAGACAAUUCCAUUUUUGGUCGAAAGCGGUUUCGACUUCAACAAAAAGAAUUUAAAAGGAGAAACGCCGCUUGAUUUCGCGACGGCGAGAAAGAAGCAAGGAUCUAAAGCUCUUUACUUUUUGCAAAAUGCUAUUGAGGCGAAUAAAUCUGCUGCUGCGUAA